GCGGCGCGGCGCGGCACUCACGUCCCGACCGGCCCGGCGACCGCGCGUCCUGCUCCGCUUGCGUCCCGUACUUACCCGGCCUUCCGCGAACCCGGAUAAUGGCCCGAUAACUAGCUAAUUGAUCACGCAGUUCGUCGCGAGUGCAGUGUCACGGUGAUGGCUGAGAACCGCGCGCUCAUACCGGAGCCCGUUACCAUGUAUACCCAAACCGAAUCGUUGAAUGAAGUGAAAGACUUGUCGAAAAAUUUAGUGAGUGGAGAUUUUGAGAGGCAGUACCGCGCGGGGAUGAUGGAGAAGGGCGGCAGACGUCGACCGGCGCUGGCGGUGCUGGGCGCAGCGGUGUGUGCGCUGGCCGUGUGGCUGUUGGUGCUGACGCUGUUGAGGGAGGUGCAGCUGGCGCGGCUGCGGCACCAGGUUGACGAGCUUAGCGCUAACAUGAUUGCUCUCACCGCUAACGUCAAAUCCCUCAACCAAAAGGUUGCCAACAACAGGGUUAUCAACGUUGAAGACACGAUAUACGCUGACGAAGUUGAAGACCCGAUGAUGUCUAGCAGAAGUUCCACCUCCAAGAAGGACGACACCUCUUUGGAGAAGCUGGAAGACCUGACGGUUCUUGAAGACGACAUUGACCUUCCUGAUGAUGAAGACAUGUAUGAUGAAGAUGACGACAUCGAGAGUGGGGACUGGUAUCUCGAUUAUGACAAGAGGAGGCCUAAGGACGGUACCACGAACAUGGUGCGACUGAAGCCGGAAGACUUCUCGGAGGCGGUGCUGACCUUGGAGAAGGAGAAACAUGGCCUGCACAACACCAUCUCUGAGCUGAAGCGGCUGCUUAACGAGAACCCGGAGAACCCUAACAUUGGUCUACCAGCCUUAGCCACGUCGGAGUCUCCAGACAACACGAGGAGCAAGCGCAGCGUGUUCCCAGAUUCGAGCCCCGAGACUGUCGACCAGUAUGCUGCUCCCAAAUCCGUCUCCAAGACUGACGAGAGGAGGAAGACGAAGAAAUUCGCGCCGCCAGAGCCUUCCAGCAAGGUGGCCCUGCACUCCGUCAUCAGGACUGUUAGGAGUGAUGAGGAGGGGGUACGGCGACCGUUCGUAGCAGCACACUUCCACGGCAACACGUCUCACCUCAGUACUGAAACCCACGAGCAUUACAAGGGUAACGGCCUUUUGAAGGUGGCCCACGGCGCUCCUCACGACGUGUGGUACCCCUCCCCCUGGACCAUCGCCUCCCCGCACCCCCGCCCCACCCUCACAAGGAACGGGCACGUCCACGUCCACCACACUGGAGUCUAUCUGGUCUACGUUCAGAUCUACUACCUGGACUCGCACGACGUGAUCUCCUGGGUACUCCACAGGACGAACCCAGACCUGGAUGGUCGUGAAACACUUCUCCAAUGCGCCCAAUCCGCUCACUCCCCAGAGCCUAUGGACAAACCCAACUCUUGCUUCUCAGCCGCUGCUCUUUUCCUCAAAGCUGGUGACAGACUGGCUGUCAGGAAUACUGGAGGGGAUAGACAUUCUCUCAUGCAACCUGAGAAGAGCUUCAUCGGUCUGGUGAAACUAGCUGAUGCGGAAGACCCUGAUGAAUAUUAAUUGUGCUCGUACCUUUUAGGUUAGGUUCUUAGUAUUGUGGGUUAAAGUGUCUACAGACUUUCGAAUAAAGUUGGUGUGUGCGAUGUCACAGCCCGGACACUGCGUAACAAAGAAAUGUUCUUACCCUGCGAUUUAGAAUAAAGUGAGACCUAGCGGGGGUGAGGUAAAUCUAGCGAAGCGCUGAUACGAAUUUGCGCGGGGGGACAGUGUCCCUUCUAUACGUAUUAUUGUUCAUUCUAUGGAGGUGUUAAGAAAUUGUAACAUUUAUUAUAUGAAAUCACCAAAGUCUAUCCAUAUACGUAAUACAAUGUUUUUGUUCGAAAGUGUGUAGAUGACUUAUUUCCUAUUUUAGCAGAUUUUGAGCGUGGAUCAUUAACUAACAAAAAGUAAAACAGUUAAGUAACUGAUUUAUACAGUUAACAAUUAAAUUAACAAGUAAUUUGAUUUAUCACUGUUUUGAAAGCAUUAAGUAAAUAACAGUACACUUUAUGCAAUUUACUCAAGUUCCAUCGAUCAAAAUCUGUUGGAAUUACUCCGUUUUAAAAUUAAAUUCUUAAAAGAUCGGUGUUAUAUUUAAGAAAAGUUAAUUUAAGAUAUCUGGGACUUGAACGCCUCCCACCAUAAAGUCGCAAUGAAGCCUGUAAGUACAUAAAUAGGAAUUUAAAUAAUUAACGUGAAAUGAAAAUAGUUUUUUUACUAAUUAUUAUAUAAUUUAAGCUUUCGACAAGGGCAGUCGCUCUUUUUGACAACUUAUAAAAUGUGCGAUUAAUCGAAAUUCCUUUCUUUUUUUAAUUCAUAAUUUAAUUUCAUUUGACAGAAAAAUAUGCAAACGUAAUUGCUUAUUGAUUCUCUGUGAAUAAAGAACUCAAUACGUAAGAUACACAAAAAAUAUUUUUACAUCAAAAAAGAAAACAGACGGACAGACGGACGGACAACAAAAUGAUCAUAUAAGCGUUCCGUUUUUCCUUUUGAGGCUCAGAAUCCUAAAAAUACAUUAUUUUUCUUUUUUUGCCCUUAAAAAAUGUAAUUUGAUCAAAAAAUCUUUAGAUUUAACUUGCCUUGGUGGAAAUAAAUAUUUUGAUAGUGAUAUUCUUGUUAAUACUAUUUAGUCAACAAGUGCCAUUUUGACGGUUUUAGGUAGAAUGUACUAAUUAAUGUAAUAAAAACUAAACAUAGGUACGCAAAUACAGAUACAGACAAAGAAUUUGAUUCCUUUGCAACGAUUUUAUUGAAUGUAUAUUUCUAAAUAUAAAGGACAAAAAAAGUCACUGUAGCGACAUUCGAGAGAUUUUUCCAGUUUUAAGUAUGUUGUUAUUGUUCAAUGAAUCCGACGCUUAAAAAAUAAGUAUAAUGGAAUAAAAAAAAACUCUUAUCGCGUUUUUAUUUUAACUAAACGUCAGAUUCUUUUUAAGGGGCUUAAUUCCUUUACGCUUGUUAAAACGUUUUCAGAAUAAUACUCAUCAUAACGAAUUAUUCGUCUUCAUUUUAUUUUAAAUCAAUGUUAUUGGAUAUUGGCCUAACGUGUUCUAUUAAAAACUUUAAAUAACCGGAAUUUUAUUUAAAAAAAUGUGCUCUAAAAAGAACCUUGUCAUGUUCGGAUUUUAAAAUAGAUCUGUCAAGCCAAUGAUAUUACUUUGUAAGUACCUACUAACGACAAAAAUUAUGUCAAAUGUAAUUGUAAUUUAUUAUUAGGUGUAAAGAUGUAAGAUUAUACAUUAUCUGUAACAAUUAUUGUCGAUAUUGAUGUUUUGUAUUUUGUAAUUACAAAUAAAUAAUCAUAAAUCAUGA